AUGACGGAGAGCGAUGCUGGAGGCUCAGCAGCCUCUACAGCUGCUGCUCUGGAGAACCUGCAGGCAGAGGCGAGCUGUUCCGUGUGCCUGGAGUAUCUGAAGGAUCCAGUCAUUAUUAAAUGCGGGCACAACUUCUGCAAAGCAUGCAUUACCCACUGGUGGAAAGACCUAAGGUGGAACUUCCCUUGCCCUGUCUGUCGGAAGACAUCCCGACACCAGAGUUUCUGGCCUAAUGAACAAGUAGUCAGUAUGGUGGAAAUUACUAAGCAGCUAGAAGCGGUUAAGGAGAAGACCAGAGAUGAGAGCCUCUGCUCUCAGCACCAUGAAGCCCUCAGCUUCUUCUGCUCUGAAGACCAGGAGGCUGUCUGUGUGAUAUGUGCAAGUUCACAUACCCAACAGGCCCACACUGUCGUGCCACUGGACGAUGUUACACAGGAAUACAAGGAGAAACUGCAGAAGUGCCUGGAGCCCCUGGAACAGAAGCUUCAGGAGAUCACAUGCUGCAAAGCCUCUGAAGAAAAGAAACCAGGGGAGCUCAAGGGACUCGUGGAGAGUCGCCAACAGCAAAUCUUAAAGGAGUUUGAAGAGCUCCACAGGCAACUGGAUGAAGAGCAGCAGAUGCUCCUAUCACGACUGGAAGAAGAAGAGCAGGACAUUCUACAGAGACUUAGAGGAAAUGCUGCUCACCUUGGGAAAAGACAUAGGGACCUUGUUUACUUAUCUGCUGAGGUGGAGGGCAAGAGCUUACAGUCAGGCUUUGACAUGCUUAAGGAUGUGAAAAGUACUCUGGAAAAAUGUGAGAAGGUGAAGACCAUGGAGGUGACUUCAGUAUCUACAGAACUGGAAAAGACCUUCAGCAAUUUCCCCUACCAGUACUUUGCCCUAAGGAGAAUUCUUAAGCAUCUAAUUGUGGAUGUGACCUUGGACCCUGAGACAGCUCAUCCUAAUCUCGUCCUGUCAAAGGAUCGGAAAAGUGUCAAGUUUGUGGAGAGAAGACUCCAAGACCUCCCUGACACACCACAGCGUUUCACUUUCUACCCCUGUGUCUUGGCUACUGUAGGCUUCACCUCAGGUCGACACUACUGGGAGGUGGAGGUGGGUGACAAGACCCACUGGGAAGUGGGAGUAUGCCAGGACUCUGUGAACAGAAAGGGCAAGCUGACACCAUUCCCUGAGACUGGCUACUGGCAUGUGCGGCUGUGGAACGGGGACACGUAUGCAGCCACAACCACACCUUUCACCCCUUUGCACAUCAAAGUGAAGCCUAAGCACGUGGGCAUAUUCCUAGACUAUGAGGCUGGCAUGCUGUCUUUUUACAAUAUAACAGAUCGCUCACACAUCUACACUUUCACUGACACUUUUAAUGAAAAACUUUGGCCCCUUUUCUAUCCAGGGAUCAGGGCUGGUAGGAAGAAUGCUGCCCCACUUACCAUCAGGCCCCCAACAGAUUGGGAGUGA